AUGGGAAAUUUCAAUACUAGUUUUGGAGAAGGCUUCAUUUUAGUGGGCUUCUCAGAUUGUCCUCAACUGGAACCCAUCCUUUUUGUCUUUAUUUCAAUUUUUUAUUCUCUAACCCUCUUUGGCAAUGCCACCAUAAUAACACUCUCCCUCCUGCAACCUCAGUUGCACACACCUAUGUACUACUUCCUCAGCCACCUCUCUUUCCUGGAUCUCUGUUAUACUACCAGCACUAUGCCCCAGCUUCUGAUCAACCUUUAUGGACCUGGCCAGACCAUUACCAUGGGGGGGUGUGUGGCUCAGCUGUUCAUCUCUCUUGCUCUGGGCUCCACUCUGAGUGUGCUCCUAGUGGUGAUGGCCUUUGACUGCUAUACUGCUGUCUGUCAUCCAAUCCACUACACAACCAUUAUGCAAUCCCACCUCUGCCAGAUAUUGGUUAUUGCCUCCUGGGUGGUCCAUCUCCUGAACCACUUCUUCUGUGAGAUGCCUGUACUCCUGAAGCUGGCUUGUGAGGACAGAGAAGGGACAGAGGCCAAGAUGUAUGUGGCUCGAGCCAUAAUCUUGAUUCUUCCUUCAGCACUAAUUCUAGGGUCCUAUCUAUACGUUGUUCAGGUGGUGCUAAAUGUUAAGUCAAUGGCUGGGAGAAGAAAGGCUUUUGGGACUUGUGGGUCCCAUCUCUUGGUGGUUUCCCUUUUUUAUAGCUCAGCCAUGUAUACAUAUCUCCAGCCUAUGCAUAGUUAUUCUGAGAAUGAUGGAAAGUUUGCUGCCCUUUUUUAUACCAUAAUUACCCCCAUGCUUAACACUCUGAUUUAUACCCUAAGGAACAAGGAUGUGAAAGUGGCUUUGAUGAAGGUGUUAUGGACAAGAUACUCAGGGUAG